UGGCUGCGCAGUGACCCCCACCGUCCUAUGAUCAAGACUAGUAAGAUUUGGUGUGUAGAUGUCAGCUGUCCGCUGACUGUGUGGUGCGCUGAAUAUUCAAAGAAAAAAGUAUUGAAAAGCAAAACAUCAUCUGGAUAUCGAUAGUCAGUCGCGUAGCCCUCUUAGUCUUAGUCGGUAAAUCCGUUUGACAGCAGGAUCUAUGUGUCCACGUAUUGCAGAAAGGUUUCCUCUGGAAUACUAGAACUACUAGUAUACUCUAUUAUCGGUUCUGGUCGCUGGAGGUGAGAUGGAGAAAAUGACACGCACAGAACACCGGCUGGUGGUGCUCCUAGUUUUCUUGAGCACUGUGGUGACGCUGAGUUCAGGACAGAGAGUAGUCGGAGCUGACGGAUCAACGCACUCGCCCAUUCAAACUGGAAACUCUGGAACAUGCAUGACGCAAUGGUUACGUCAUUCAUUCCCAGCUGAACAGGACGUGGUGCUGAUGAAGUAUGAACGAUUGCUGCAAGCAUUUGAAACACCAGUUGACGAAAUCUCUGUUCCCGUCACCAAUGAGUUGUUAUUGUCUCUAGUGUUCGGUAGCGAGGAAAGAAGUUCCAAUUUCUCCCAGUGUCAAAAUGGUCAGUGUCAGCAUCCGUCUCCCUGCCAACAUGGUGGUACAUGUGUGUACGCUAGUGUUGAUGGUAACACUCCUCAGCUGAAACAGUACAAGUGUCAAUGUAGACCUAGAUAUGCCGGACGGCAGUGUGAACUCGCUGUGUCGGCUUGCAGAACCCAUCGUCCAUGUCAAAAUGGUGGACAUUGUCACAGUCGCGGCCCACAUGCCUACGAGUGUCAGUGUAAACCAUUGUUUCAUGGCAAGAACUGCGAAAUAAGUGACUUGGCUAACAUCACGUCAUCACUUGCUGACCUCACUCUACGUCUGAAUUCAAUAGAGACUAAGUCUGCUCAGUCAGCUAGUAGAACCGCAGACACUGUGUCACGUGUACUCAAACAAAUACAGCUCACGUUGGAUCGGCGACUCGAUGAACAAGCAUCCGUCGUACAAAGCGAGAUACAGGCUAUCAGACAUGAGGUUAUGAUGAAUUCCCUGCAACACACUGGUUCCUGUAAAGAAAUUCAGCAUCGAUCCAAUUACACAGCACCUUCAGGUUUCUACCACAUCAUCUCUGGGCUGACGGGAGGAAGAAAUCUCAUCCAUGGGGUCUACUGUGAUAUGGAUCACUAUGGUGGUGGUUGGACAAGAAUUGCCUACAUCAAUCCCACACAGGAGGGCAGUUGUCCUGGUAACAUGAGAUUUCAAAACCUUCAAGUCAAGCUGUGUACUAGACGAGCCAGCAGUGUUGGUGGAUGUGAUGGUGCAACGUUCCAGUCACCUAUUGCCGAGUACAGUGAAGUGAUGGGAUUUGUCACUGGGUACAGGGAUAAUACUUUGGAUGCAUUCCAUUCCGCACAUUAUCACAAUACUCCACUGAAUAGCUGGUACAUGGACGGCGUCUCUAUCACACAUGGUUCUCCAAUGCAACAUCUCUGGACAUACACAGGUAGUUUUAACGAAGUCGACGUUGCUCACUGCCCAUGUAGUCCCAGAGCUGGUGCGCAAACUCCACCAUUUGUUGGUAGUCAUUACUAUUGCGCCGACCAUGGACAUGCUUGGAGACGUUGGACAUUUACCCCAGCUGCACAUGCAUGGAGCAACACCAGUCAAUGUACUGCUGGUGGUACAUGUUGUGACAACACAGAUAUGCCAUGGUUUCAUCGUCAACUCGACACUAGUACCUCUGCUCCAGUGCAAAUUCGCAUUUGUGCAAAUGAGGGUAAUUCGAAUGAAAAUUUUGGCAUUGAUGAAUCCGCUAUCUUUGUAAAGUAAAUUAUCCAGUGCUCUUCCAUCUCAAUUGGCUGAGGUUUAAUACAUGAUUGUAUCUUUGCCAAAUGCCAACCAUAUGAUAGGGAACAAAAAAAGGUUUAAAACCAAUACGUAUGUUGAGUUGCACAUUCAACCACACACCAUUGGCUAGGAUUCAGUAUCCUUUUACGUUUUCGCAAUUAAUUUUCAAGUAUAGAAUUUACACGUCAACUAAAUAUUUUCUCUGCUUUGCACUUACUACUAAAAAAAGCUGGACCUUUUUUUCCUUUUUGUCGCACUUGCAUCUUUUGCCAUAUGCAAUACUGGUAGUCGUCUUGAUGUGUAUGUUCAGGUAAUCGCGUAAUUGCCCAGCAGCGUGUUGACGUUCUCUGUGGUAUUAUCUAUACUGUACGCACCUUAGCACACUGCUUUCACUACCACCGGCAUGCAGCUUAAGAUUAUUAUAUUUUUUGCAUGGUGCUAAACAGUACGCCAACUGGGGAUACGUUGAUUC